GGAGAUGGAGGAGUAGGUGGAGGAGAAAAAGGAGGUGGAAAGAAGGGAAGAUCGACAAAGAAGAAGAGGGAAAGAGGAGUGAAAGGCCAGAGGAAUAGGCGCGACGACGGAAGGAGCAUCUUCGUCGUGGAAAAACGAGAAAGCUUUCUUCCCGCAGGUGCGAUGAGCUAGUAAGAGCUAUUCCAGGCAGCAGGAGGGCAGCUGGAGGGCAGCGAGUAGCAGAGCGAAGCUUCUUCUUCGCUUGUGGAUAGAGAAGGGAGGAGGGGGCAAGAAAGGGCGGCAGGAAAAGGCGGCAUGUCGUUGCUGUCGAGUCGUGCCGGCCGAAAAGGGCCCAUUCUCUGCUUCGUAGCGCUGCUCUUCGUUUUCGCUCUCUAUCAGCUGGGUAUCAUUUGUGGCACCGAUAAGAACGGACCUGCCAUCACGAUGCUAGCGAAAGAGAAAUACGUCAUUGGACCAUUCGACCAUAAAACCUACACCUACGAUCGAUACAUGCCGCUUAUUUUCAUCGGAGGCGUGCCGAGAUCAGGCACGACCUUGAUGCGCGCCAUGCUCGAUGCGCAUCCCGACGUGAGGUGCGGUCAAGAGACCAGGGUUAUACCGCGGAUUCUGCAAAUGAAAAUGCACUGGUCCAAAUCCGAAAGAGAAAAUUUGCGACUGACGGAAGCUGGUAUCUCCAAGGAUGUGAUAGACAGCGCGAUAGCGGCGUUUUGCUUGGAGAUAAUAGCUCGACACGCGGAACCGGCUCCUAGAUUAUGCAACAAAGAUCCUUUAACAUUGAAAAUGGGUUCCUACAUGCUCGAGCUUUUCCCUAAUGCCAAAUUCAUUUUCAUGGUACGAGACGGUCGUGCCACCGUUCAUUCCAUCAUAUCGAGAAAGGUCACCAUUACGGGCUUCGAUCUGACGUCUUACCGUCAAUCAUUGAUUAGAUGGAAUCACGCUAUUUCCGCGAUGUAUGGACAAUGUCGGGAGGUCGGACCAGAAAGAUGUUUAAUGGUACCAUACGAACAGCUGGUACUGCAUCCGAGACAAUGGAUGAAGAAGAUCUUAAACUUUUUGGACGUGCCUUGGAACGAAUCGGUGAUGCAUCACGAGGAAUUUAUCAACAAACCUGGCGGGGUGCCUCUGAGCAAGGUCGAGAGAUCGUCGGAUCAGAUAAUAAAGCCGGUUAAUCUAGAAGCUUUGACCAAAUGGGUGGGCAACAUUCCGGAGGACGUUGUCAGGGAAAUGCCAGACAUUGCACCGAUGCUCUCGGUUCUCGGUUAUGAUCCUUAUGCCAAUCCACCUGUCUACGGUGCUCCUGACAGUCUAGUUAGCGACAAUACUAGACGGGUACUCGCUGACGGGGAAGUUUGGGCGGCGAAAGCUCGGCAAUUCGAUCUACGAGUAAAACCAAUUGGACUGAGUAACGAAGAUGAUUCUACCAAUGGCCCAAAUGCGUGACCAAGGAUCGAGCAACCUUCUUUAGGAACGCUUUAUCCCAAUCCGUACGAUUUACCGUCAUAGUCUAACGGAAAUGCAAACGUACACGCAAACGAUGCGGCUCGUCCCAUUUUCUCUUUCUCUCAUUCUAUAUUUCUAUCUUCUUUCCUCUUCGCAACUCCCGCGCAGUGCGCCUGGAGAUGCGCAUAUUCGCCAACUAGGGAAAAUCGAAUCCGCGGAAUUCACUAAAUUCUCGCGACCUCCUUUGAAAAGAAAAAUGAACUACGUUUACCAAGCAUUAUGAUAUCUAAUGUUUAGAAAUAAUUCAAUCAACUUUAUUUUUUAUUGUUAAUUUUAUAUAUCAAUCGUGUUCGACUGGGUCGUGUCGUUUAAAAAGUAUUAACGAGUCAAAGUCCUUCCAUUAUGGAAAUGCAAACUAUUUGAGGAAACAAAAAAGAAAGAAAAAUAAGAGAACAAAUUUAAGCAAUGAUCAAUCUCUAUUUCUGAUAUCUAUUUCUUCUACUUUACGUGUGACACGUUAAAAAUGUGAAAAAAGAGCUUUCGUAUCCCCGUCCUGAAUCUCACGGUAUCGAUUUUUCGUUUUUUUUUUUAUCAAUUUGAAAGAGAACAUUGAUCGGGUCGAAGACUGUGAAAUAUUCUCUUGUACGAAUGCGGGCUAAAGAGUACGGCAAUGUUUUAUAUUCUUCGUUUUUCAGUUAAACAGGAUCAUUUGCAAAGAGAAAUGUAUCAUAUAUAUAUAUAUAUUAUAUUACACGGACGACUCAUUGAAAUGUGAACAUUAAUUUAGUCUUGUUUGGAAUGUUAGUGUCCAACAAAUUAUGCGAUUAAAUUAUUUUAAUAUUACAUAUAA